UCGUCGUCGGCAACCAUCUUCUUUUCUUCUCUGGUCAUCAUCUUCAUCAGAUUCCAUGGCCUCAGAACCAUCAAAUCUCAUCCAAGCUUUCACCUUUCCCCUUAUCUCUGAUUUCUCCUUCCAUUCUCAAUUUUUCCUCUCAUCUUCGAUAUUUGAUUCAUGGUCAUCGGAAAAGGCUAGAGGUGAGUGAAUGUCAAAAACAGUGAGGAUGUGCCCAUAUCUGCAGAUCGGUGAUGGUGAUGGUGACGACGCGCAAAUAGCUGCGAAAUCAAGAAAUUCCGAACUCACCCAACUCCCACCUGAGUUCUUGAUUUGUAUCUGGGGUUUGAUUUGUUCUUUGGCGAAUCUAGCCUCUUAUCAACUUUGAUAUGAGGCCGGUUCUUACAUAUCAGGGCCCAAAUCUCUGUCCAGAGGCAGGGAAGGAGCAGAUCCAAUUGGGUAAGGUUUCAAGGAGCUGUGUUGGUUUUGAAGUUUAUGGUUAAUAUUUGGAACUUUAGAAUUUUUGAUUGAUUUUUGUAUGUAGCAGAUUUGCCACCCCUUUCCCCAUAGGUAAAAAUAUAAAAUUGUCUUUUGAUU